AACUAAACAGAAACACUUAAUGCUUAAGGAGAAGUUAAGACAUAAAAUAAGCGCGUUUCGUUUUCUUGUGCUUUUGGCGAAAAUCUCACACUCCAUUUUCAUUUCAUUUCAUUUCAAACUAAACAUAACAACAACAUCUUCCGAAACUUUCAUCGAUCGGCUCGGUUCGGCUGGACCAUCGACGCCGCCGAUUGUUGCGGCAGCUCCGGCCACCUUUCCACCACCAUUCUUUCAUUCUUCUUCAGUGUGUGUUUUGGCUUAGUUGCAAAGUUUAAGACUCUGAGAGGGAGAUUGUGAACUGAGAAAGAUGGUGAAGUUGACUAUGAUUGCUCGUGUUACUGAUGGUCUUCCACUGGCUGAAGGACUGGAUGAUGGUCGUGAUCUUACGGAUGGUGAAUUUUACAAACAGCAAGCCAAGUCGUUGUUUAAGAAUCUAUCAAGAGGGCAUAAUGAGGCAUCCAGGAUGUCAGUUGAAAGUGGUCCUUAUGUUUUCCAUUAUAUCAUAGAAGGACGGGUCUGUUACUUGACAAUGUGUGAUCGGGCAUACCCCAAGAAACUAGCAUUUCAAUAUCUUGAAGACCUCAGGAAUGAGUUUGAGCGUGUUAAUGGAUCGCAAAUUGAAACUGCUGCCAGACCUUAUGCCUUCAUUAAGUUUGACACAUUUAUACAGAAGACAAAGAAACUUUACCAGGAUACCCAUACACAGCGCAAUAUUGCAAAGUUGAAUGAUGAGCUUUAUGAAGUCCACCAAAUUAUGACCCGAAAUGUGCAGGAAGUUCUUGGUGUUGGCGAACAGUUGGAUCAGGUCAGCCAAAUGUCCAAUCGCCUAUCGUCAGAAUCUCGUGUAUAUGCUGACAAGGCUAGAGAUUUAAAUAGACAGGCUCUGAUUCGGAAAUGGGCCCCUGUUGCUAUUGUUUUUGGAGUUGUCUUUGUACUUUUCUGGCUCAAGAACAAAAUUUGGUGAUCAAGCUUAGCACGACUUUACAAACCUAGACUGUGUGGCUAUGGCUUCUUGUCUUCCUCAUGACUAUCAAGAUUUGCUCAGUUUUGUGGGAACCCUACAUAAACUAGGUGAUGUCUACUUCUGUGGACAAUUUAUGAAAAAAAACUAUCCUGUGUUACUUCUGAGAAAGGCUGGAUCCAACUUUCUGGAAUAGAAACUUUUUACCUUUAUAUUAAGGAGCCAAGACAUGAGAAAACUGGAUCCCUUUGGGGAUGCAUAUAGAUAAUAGAUAUUUCUUCUUACUACCCACCAAUUAUUUUCAGGAUUACUGCGUUCAUGAGUUAUAUAUUGCCCCCUCGAUGUUUUUUUCCCUCCCCUUCAUUUGAACACCUGAAAUAGAACUGCAUUUUGUAUGGUUAGUAUGAUGACUUAGUGUGGAAUGUUUGUUCUUAGACCGUAAACCUUUUGCAAUUUCGUUUAUAAGAGUAUACUUGCAAAUAAUGCAAUUUCUUAUAUGUUGAUA